CCGGAUCUCCUUUUUGGCUAUUUCACAUUUUCACACAUUCUCUCUCUCUCUCUCUCUCUCUCUCUCUCUCUUGCAUGCAAACUCUUCUUCUCUCUAUUGUCUUCCAUCUUCAAGCUUCUGCUCUGCAGAAACUGAUUCAGAUCCUUUUUCCCGAUCUCCUUUUCGGCUAUUUCACAUUGUCACAUUAUCUUUCCUGUUUGGUUGAGGAUCUUUCCUCUAGCUAAAUUGACAAGUUUAGUUCUCUAUAAGAAGUACGGAUCCUGAUUGCUGAACCGUUUCUUACAAGUUCAAAUCACUUGACGGAGUUUCUCUAGUGAGAGUUUAGUUAUGGCGCAAAUUCUUCUCCAUGGAACGCUUCAUGCCACGAUCUUCGAGGUGGAUAGGCUGAAUUCGGGAGGUGGCAAUGGUGGCCCAUCGAUCUUCCGGAAGCUGAGGGAGGGAAUCGAAGAAAGUAUUGGUAUUGGCAAAGGGACCAGCAAACUGUAUGCAACAAUUGAUCUAGAAAAAGCUAGAGUUGGCCGGACCAGAUUAUUAGAAAAUGAACCUGUUAAUCCAAGGUGGUAUGAGUCUUUUCAUAUUUACUGUGCUCAUAUGGCUUCUAAUGUUAUCUUCACUGUCAAAGAUGAUAAUCCCAUUGGGGCAACACUGAUUGGAAGAGCUUACGUACCUGUUGAGGAAAUCUUUAGUGGGGAAGAAGUAGACAGAUGGGUAGAAAUCUUGGAUAAAGACCAUAAUCCUAUAGAUGGAGGCUCAAAGAUCCAUGUGAAGUUGCAGUAUUUUGACGUUACUAAAGACGAUAGUUGGGCUAGGGGUAUCAGAAGUGGGAAAUUCCCUGGGGUGCCUUACACAUUCUUCUCUCAGAGGCAGGGAUGCAGAGUUUCUCUUUACCAAGAUGCCCAUAUCCCAGACAACUUUAUUCCAAAAAUCCCUCUUUCUGGAGGCAAGAGCUAUGAGCCCCAUAGAUGCUGGGAGGAUAUCUUUGAUGCAAUCACUAAUGCAAAGCACAUGAUUUACAUAACUGGGUGGUCUGUGUAUACUGAGAUAAGCUUGGUGAGGGACUCAGGGAGGCCAAAGCCUGGAGGAGACAUUAUCCUUGGGGAGCUGCUCAAGAAGAAGGCUAGUGAAGGUGUCAGGGUCCUUAUGCUUGUUUGGGAUGAUAGAACCUCUGUUGGUUUGCUAAAGAAGGAUGGGUUGAUGGCUACCCAUGACGAAGAAACUGCUAAUUACUUCCAUGACACUGAUGUCCACUGUGUGUUGUGCCCUCGUAAUCCUGAUGAUGGGGGGAGCAUUGUUCAAAACUUGCAGAUUUCAACAAUGUUCACUCACCACCAGAAGAUUGUGGUGGUGGAUGGUGCAAUGCCAAGUGGAGGGUCAGAGAAGAGACGCAUUGUGAGUUUUGUUGGUGGUAUAGAUCUUUGUGAUGGGAGGUAUGAUUCACCCUUCCAUUCCCUUUUCAGGACCUUGGACACUGCCCAUCAUGAUGAUUUCCAUCAGCCCAACUUCAGUACUGGUGCUUCAAUCAAUAAAGGUGGCCCUAGGGAGCCCUGGCAUGAUAUUCACUGCCGGUUAGAAGGUCCUGUAGCUUGGGAUGUCUUGUACAAUUUUGAGCAGAGGUGGAGGAAACAAGGUGGGAAGGACCUGCUAGUUGAGCUCAGGGACCUUGGUGACAUCAUUAUACCCCCGUCUCCAGUUAUGUUCUCAGAAGACAAUGAAACAUGGAAUGUCCAGUUAUUCCGAUCCAUCGAUGGUGGUGCUGCCUUUGGCUUCCCUGACACACCAGAGGAUGCAGCCAGGGCUGGGCUUAUCAGUGGGAAGGACAACAUCAUUGAUCGAAGCAUUCAAGAUGCAUAUAUAAAUGCCAUUCGUCGAGCAAAAAAUUUCAUUUACAUUGAAAAUCAAUAUUUCCUUGGAAGCUCAUUCUGCUGGAAGCCAGAUGAUAUUAAGGUUGAGGAAAUUGGUGCUUUGCAUCUCAUUCCUAAGGAAUUGUCACUAAAGAUUGUCAGUAAGAUUGAAGCUGGGGAGAGGUUUACUGUCUAUGUUGUGGUCCCUAUGUGGCCGGAAGGGAUUCCAGAGAGUGGAUCAGUUCAGGCAAUAUUAGAUUGGCAGAGGAGGACAAUGGAAAUGAUGUACACUGAUAUAUUUCAGGCCCUCCAUGCUAAGGGGAUUGAGGCAGACCUCAGGGACUAUUUGACAUUCUUCUGCUUAGGGAACCGGGAGAUGAAGAAGAGUGGUGAAUAUGAACCUUCAGAACAAGCAGAGCCAGAUUCAGAUUAUGGCAGAGCUCAGAAAGCACGGCGUUUCAUGAUAUAUGUUCAUGCUAAGAUGAUGAUAGUCGAUGAUGAAUACAUUAUCAUUGGUUCUGCCAAUAUCAACCAGAGGUCAAUGGACGGUGCUAGGGACUCAGAGAUAGCCAUGGGAGCCUACCAACCAUAUCAUCUAGCCACUAGGAAACCCGCCAGGGGUCAGGUUCAUGGCUUUCGGAUGGCUUUGUGGUAUGAGCAUCUUGGCAUGCUUGAUGAUUCCUUCCUCCAGCCUGAGAGUGUGCAAUGUGUGCAGAAGGUGAACAAGAUUGCUGACAAGUAUUGGGAUAUUUUCUCCAGUGAGUCUGUGGAUCGUGACCUACCCGGUCACCUUCUCACCUACCCAGUUGCAAUUUCCAGCGACGGAACUGUGAACGAAUUUCCUGAUACAGAAUUUUUCCCUGACACCAAGGCUCGCAUUCUUGGUGCCAAAUCUGACUUUCUUCCUCCAAUUCUCACUACAUAGAUGGGAUUCUCUGCUUGAAGAGUAAUAAUCACUUAUCUUCCUCCAUCACAGUAGCAAUAGUAUAGUAUUGGUAAUAAGUCACGUAUUGAUUGGUUCUAGUAUUUUCGUGCUUUCUGUUGCUGAUUUGUGACUGCACAUCGUGUAUUUUGUUAGCUUCACCUAUCUGUUUCUAUAUUGGGAUUGCAGAUACAUUUGUAGAAAAAUGGUAAAAAAUUUUGCUAAAUGUCUAUGAAGGAAAAUGAAAAGAAGAAUUUCCACUCA